AUGCCUAGCAGCCUAAGACCCAGAGCAGAAACAGGUCUAGCAAUAACCAACACUCACCUAAAAAUCAAUUGGUCGACAGAAACUUCCACAGCUUCAUCCCCACUAGACGCACCAGAACAUUCUCCCAGCUCACCACUGACCAGCCUUGAUAGUGCUGAGGAUCGCAAUGCUAUUCCAUCUCCCAAGUUAGAAGUCCCAGACCUAGACCUCGAACUAUCUCAGUUUGAGCUUGAAACACCAAGUCGUCACAGAAAAACAGAACCACUCACAUCCAUAUCUACAAUGCCAGACUACAACCUCAGUGCAUUCUUCCCGCUCGCAGAACUCAAGCACAGUAUGCCCACUGAAACACCCCAAAUCUUUCAUGGCGAUGGACGCAAAUCAGAGAAUCCUGCAGACUUUCUCAAAUCAUUUAAUCGGGCUAUGGGGCAGCAAGCGACCACAGCUAGUAACGAUAAAUUGGAAGCAUUCGGCGACUAUCUGGGUACAGGGUCAGAAGCAGAAGUGUGGUUUAAGGGACUCGUGACGACACAAACAGCAACAUGGAUGUCGUUUGUCACAGUGUUUGAAACGCGUUGGCCUCCCAUUGAGAUAGCAAAGAAGAUGAAAGCAGAACAGGAGAGAGAACUACUAGAACACAGGUUAACAGAUGUGGACGUGGGGACCAAUGCCACGUUAUACGACCGAGAAUGUUGGUCACAUGAAGCAUGGGCAACAAAAGCACAGCAGCUUGCAACAAGUGCAGGAAUAGAGGCGAGCACAUCGAUGAUUUGGCAAGUUAGAGGAGGAUUACCGAACAUCAUCAAAGAUUUGUUGAAAGACGACAAAUACAAAAACUGGGCGGCAUCUACAAAAGAGGUGAAAGAGUUGAAGGGUAAUAGGCUUUUGGAGAAGAAGGAACAGCACAGCAAGCAAGAACAUGAAGUUACCAUGCUGUGCGCAGAUGUAGCUCAGCUACAACAACACAGUACCGCGCAAAACCCCAUCACAGCAAUCCAAAACCAGUUCUCUCGCAUGUCUAUUGCCCCAUCAAAACCUCCCAAUAUGUCAACGAGUAGCUACACGGUCACAUGUGCACCAGCUCAACAAACCGACCAGUUUUUGCAACACACUAUUAGUCAUCAACCAGCAACAAGCCUACAGCCGCUAAUAAUAACUGAAGAGAUGAAGAAUGCAACCCAACAACUAGUCUCCUCAUUCAUGCACCACCCAGACAUGCCAACAGGUCACACAGCAUACAUGACACAGAUUGCACAAUGGAAUGCAAAAUGGGGAGAGAACACCAGAGUAUUGCACGAAACAGAGUACCCGCUCAAACUGGGGACAGCAGCUAUUGCAUUGAGUGAAUGUUUCAACUGCGGAACACAUGGGCACAACAGUCAAAACUGUGUCCUACCAACAGAUCAUGUAGAGAGGCUUUCUCGAAAAGAAGCAGUGUGGCAAGCAAUCACAAGCAGAGUAUUAGGCGCCUUCAAUCAAGCAACAGUGACAACCAUAUCUCUAGUUAUCAACGGGAACCAGGAGAUGACAUCAGCAUGGAUCGAGGAAGUCCCGGAGGAACAGGGAAAAGUAGAUGGGUUGACAUAA